UCAUUUUUUCCAGUGCGUAAUACAUCGAUAAUUGAUUUAUCCAAGUGUAAGGUAUCUCAAUUAGGAACCGAAUAUAGAGGUUUUAUUACGACAACCGUUGGUGGUUUUCGUUGUCAAUUAUGGACGGUUCAACAAUCGCUUCAUAAAAUUACCAAUAAGAAUAUAAGUGACAUAGAUUUUCCAGAGAGAUCUAUGAAACUUGCUAAAAAUUACUGUAGAAAUCCUACUCGAGAUCCUAGAGGUCCUUGGUGUUAUACGUUAGAUCCUAUGGUAAUUGAUGAUGAAUGUGACGUUCCUCUUUGCAAUUACAAAGAUUGCAUCGUAACGGGAUUGGGAGUCGAGUAUGGCGGAAGUCGUAGCGUCGGUGCUUCCAAAAGAAAAUGUAAAUCUUGGAACAGAAAAUAUAAACUUGACGACACAAAAAAGUCUGUCAAAUUCCAUGAUAAAAAUUUUCCAGAUGGAUCAAGAGUGAAAGCAAAUAAUUUCUGUAGAAAUCCAAACGGUGACACUGGUGGUCCUUGGUGUUACGUGGAAGAAAAGAAUUAUGAACUAGUAAAAAGAGAAUAUUGCGACAUUCCAUUUUGUGAUGCUGAAGAUUGUUUGACAUAUUCACAAAAUUCAUUAAUCUAUACCAUAUUAUCAAGAUUAAAUACUACUUAUGGAAACGUAUCUUUUUGGAUUAAACUUUGGAAUCCUCUCAAUGAACAAAACGCAGAAGCCAAAAUAUUAUUAAGUUUGCUUCCAAUCCCAUCUUCUGCCAAAAAGAUUGCUCAGGAUUGGAAGGCAGGAGUUGAACUUUUGAUUUCGAAUAAUGGCAGCGGUCAGACGUAUCCAAUUACCAACACGUAUAUUUUCGAAGAUACACCUGAAAUAUUACUCAGUACCGAAUGGACUGGCCUGUGGAUUGCAUGGGGUGGUGGUUUUAUCUCACUUGGAAUACAUGGUGUAUCUAAACCGUUAAUUAUGGAUAAGUAUAAAAUGGAAAAUAGUAUAUCGAGUUUAUAUCCUGACAGCUUUUUGCACUAUGGUAUCAUGGGCACUGGUAUCUUAUGGAGAACAGAGUUUUGUCAAAAAUGUUUAUUUACCAAGUUUUCUUUAUUUCUUGGUUAUUUAGAUUGUGAAAGUCACAUAACUUUUGGAAAUGAAUUUUUAAGAAUUUGGCCUAUGCAAAAGAGUAAUGACACACGGGAUAUUCAUUUUUACGUUCGAGCUAGCCGUAAUAUAGAGAUACGAUUGUAUCAAAGUCCUGGAGCAUUGUUUCCUUGUUUCACAGUAGAAAUUGGACAUGAAGAUGUUACAGCCUUGUUGUAUCAAGAAAAUGAGAAAUCAGUGAAACAAUAUUUGAAAGAAAUUACAGUUAAAGGCUUGAUAGACUAUUGGGAUUGGAAAGAGUUUACUAUUAGUAUUUUUGGGACGCAUUUGCGUUUAUUUUCGCAACGUACGUAUGGAAGUGAGAAAAUUAUAAAUGUAAAUCAUGAUUUAUUAAUUACCUUACGUUGGUUCAGUGUUGGAAGCAAUCGAACGAUAGCACAUUGGACAUUCUUUUGUCCACCCGAUGCAACGGAUACGAUAGAAAGUCCUCAACCUCCAAAUUGUAUUCACAAUAUCGCAGAUUAUCAAUAUCGAGGAGCACAAUGGACGAGUGAAAGGGAACUUCCGUGUAUUCCAUGGAUAGCAGAAGAGAUACCGUACAUGGAGAAAAUAGCUGAUAAUUUCGUAGAUAGAUCCAUAGUGAAAGCUUUAAACAAAUGUAGGAAUCCGACACACGAUCCUAACGGACCAUAUUGCUAUACGAUUUCUACUUCGUAUGCCACUGAUGUUACGAAACAAUUUUGCCCUGUACGAAUUUGCAGAUCAUCAGAAUGUCGAAUGGCAGGAACUGCUAACGACUACAUAGGUACAUUAUCGACCACUCGUUCAGGACGAACUUGUGCAAAAUGGUUGAAAGAUGAUGAUUCGAAACAAAUACAAAGAUUGAAUGCAACAUUGAAAAUAAAACCUCUUCCUAGGUCUUUAAGAUUGAUUCGCGCAAAAUCUCGUAGAAAACGUCAUUUGAUUACAAAACGAAAUAUGUUAUCGGGAUUAUCACAAUCACUUGUGAAACCAUUAUUAUCAAAUUUAUCAUCGCAGUCAGAAUUUAUAAUUGCCAAAUCUAUUCAUUUUGUCAACCGAGCAUAUUUAAAUGAUAGUCUUUAUCCUGAACGUAGUGUGCGAGAUGCCAGUAAUUAUUGCAGAGAUCCUUCGCGCAAUAUUGCUGGCACGUGGUGUUACACAACGGAUCCACUAGUGCCGCAGGAUCUGUGUGAUGUAAGGGAUUGCGAUAAGCCAGAAGAAUGUACAUUUUUCGUAAAAGGACAUGGUAUUGGACGACGAUUAUACGUUUUACCAGAAUAUCGUACGGAAGGCUUACAUUUUUCAUUGAAAGCAUGGGAACCUGACCAGCCAGAUUCCAUAACAUUUGUGUUCACUGCUGAUGACGGAUUAAAAUCUCGUUACAUUCUCAAGAUUGGAGCUUUAGAUAACGAAAAAGUUCUUCUAUAUUAUCAAUCGGAAGAACAAGAUAUAAUUUUGGUGAAGAAAAAAACAUUACCGCAUUUAUUAUAUCUUGGCAAGUGGAGUAGCUUUGUUAUUCGCAUACCUCGUGGACACGUUCUUCUUUAUUACGAAGGAGGGUUAAAUCCGCUAUUCGAAUGGAAACAUCCCGAACCAGCUAAAGCAUUCUUACCAAUUUAUUACUACUAUAACAGCGAGAAAGGGCAUGCGAUAGGAGUUGCUUUCGAUUGUGCUUCGAGAUGCCAUAUAGAGAAUACACAAACCGAUCGCUAUACUAGAAUAUUACCAUUGUCGACAUGGUCCAAAGAAGAGGUAGUCAGACCAAAUAAAUUAAUGUUGAUGAUCCGCGCGAAAGGAAUCGUUCUAAUACCGUUACUUUUAAUGCCCGCAACACCAGGAUUUUACGCGCUCACACUCGGCGAACGAAAUCAAUGGAUAUAUUUUCUGAAAAUUACAUAUCCCAGAGUAAGGAUCUAUCAUAAACAGAAGUCACUCAAGCCUAUAUUUAAUACAAAUUUCUGGACAAAUGUUACUAUAAAGAUUUCGUCGAAAAGAUGGUCCGAAUAUACGAUUCAAGUAUUUUGCAAUGAGACGAACGUAUUUCAUUAUGUGCAUCGUCAACCGCUCAUUUUUUAUUUUUUCUCACUUGUCGUGGGUCCGAAUGGUGGUUGGGCCACUUGGAGUGCGAAUUGCAUACCAUCAGAUAUAGAUGGGCCUCCUUUGGACGGUGGAUGGUCCGAGUGGGGGCCAUGGACGUGCAGUGCUAGUUGUAACGGAGGCAUAGGAACUAGAAGACGUUACUGUAAUUCGCCGGCACCCAACGUACGGGGCGAGCCUUGUACAGGACCUAGUAGCAUGACGGGUCGUUGUAAUACGAUUCUUUGUGGCGACAUAACCGAAGGUUAUUUUUCUGAAUGCUCAUAUAAUAAUGAAGUUUAUAUACUUUUUAAUUUUUUAAUUUUAAUAGAUACCAUAACUUUAGUAAAAAGAGUAAUCGCAUCUAAUCACACUGCUCUUACCGUCAAGGAACAUGAGUCAAUAUCGUUUCCUUUGAAUUCUGACAUAGUAAAUUCCAUCAAAAUUGAAUCACCCGAUUCCGAAAUACACUGGUCUCACAAUGGAAUUUUUAUUCCAAACAAUCGUCAGAGAUUGCAAAUUAAAAAUUAUGAAGUCAUAAUAAAUAGGGCAGAAUCAAACGACUCGGGCGUAUAUACUCUCACUGUACAUCGAAUAGAUGGAACAUAUAUGAUAAUUCAAGUGAUAACUUUGGCAGUGUUUCCGAUUAGGGAAAGUAUUAUAAUUCGCGAAACUCUACCUAUGCACGUAGUGUGCCAUUGUGUUAUUCUCGGUUAUGUAUAUUCUGAUUUGAAAGUUUAUUGGAUGAUCGAAAAUAACGUAUGGAAGGACUAUGGAGUCACAUUGCCCAUAGCUGUAAAUGUCGAUUAUGUUCCCAUUGUAAAUAAAUCUCAUCAUGGUACAUGGAAAUGCAUUGUAGAGCAAAGUGAUUUGAAUUUUAAAUGGACGACAAAUGUAAUCCGCGUAAAAGUUCUUGAACCUCCAAAUUGGCGUACUCAUUUAAUGGAGGACAAAUUAACACGACCCAUUUUUGGAUGGAUGCCAAGUGAGAAAUUUGUCGCUUAUUCAGCGUUGGCAAUGAUUCUAUUUUUAAUGUGCUGCAUUAUAAUAGGUCUCGUAUUUUAUUUCAGGUUUCGAAAAAGUUUGCAAAUGGAUAUAACUGUAAAAGAGAAGACACACAAAAGAAAAUCCGUAAUCAAGAAGAGAAAUUCUGUUAUUAAUGAUAUUUUGAAGGAAACGGAAAAUGAAAAUAUGCUCGAUUUUGCUAAACCUAAAAAAUUACGUAAGACAUUUAAAAAACGAUGGUUUCGAACGAGAAAAACGAAAAAUUCAAGUCACACCAAUUGAAGCGAUAAUCGAGGCCAAGAAAUAUUUGAUAAACGAUCUUUGGAAUUAUUCAAGAAAACUAAAUUGGUAUCUAAUUAAAUAAUUGCAUAAUUAUAUUU